UUAUUAGUCGGGGACGCAUGACAAUUUGUGCUUUUCGGUUUUAGGAACUGUUUGAGUUAUUCAGUUUUGUAUUCGGUUAUUUUGUAACCUGCAUUUCGGUAAAAGGUUUCUCGCGGUCAACAUUGAGUUCCCAUUUAUCUACUUCCUAGUCUUUCACAGCGUGUAAUAUUAUUUAACGAGCGCUACUUUCCAUAUUUCAUUUAUAUUUGUCUCCAAUUGGAACCCAUAGAACUGGAGCAAACUUUCAUCGGCAGUUCCUUCUUUAUUACUGAUCCAUUCAAAAUGAAGGACGUUAUUGAUGUUAUGGAGCUACAGCGUGAGAAGACUCGUAAAAACGUUCCAAUCGACUACAAAUCAUUGGAUUUCAAUAAUGGAUUUACGCCCGCGAGGUUCAUUUUCGAAUGCGGCAUUAAAUUAAACGGCCAGCCUUUGACUUUGGCUACAGCAGCUGUUAUUAUGCAUAGAUUUUUUAGAGAAGUCGAUCAUACGAAUUAUGAUUGUUUUCUGAUAGCGGCAUCUUCCCUGUACCUGGCCGGUAAAGUGAAGGACGAUUCGCUGAAAAUUCGAGACAUAAUAAACGUCGCCCACAAUACUUUACAUCGAGGUAGCAAUCCCCUGGAAAUCGGCGACGAAUAUUGGAACAUGCGCGACGCCAUCGUCCAGGCCGAGCUGCUCAUCAUGAGGAUCCUGAAAUUCGAAGUCGGUACCAUCCAUCCUCAUAAAUACCUGUUGCAUUACCUUCGAUCGAUGGAAGGAUGGUUGGGAAAAUCUCAAUGGGAGACGAUUCCGGUGGCCAGAGCUUCAGCUUCGUUCCUGCAAGACUUCCACCACGAUCCCAGCAUUCUGGAUUACAAUCCUCGGCAUAUAGCUAUAGCUUGCAUAUCGUUGGCCCUUCAAUGUUAUGGUGUUCAGUUACCUUUAAUCGAAGAUGCCGAUGAUGAGGCGUGGUACAAUGUGUUUGUUAAGGAUUUGCCCAAGGACAAGCAUUGGGAAGUCAUGGAGAAGAUUAUGGAAGUGUAUAAUAGGGAAAUUGAGUAGUUUGUAGAAAGUAACGGUGCAUUGCGUGUCUUAUGUGAUAAUUGUGAAUAAGAUUGAUUUCUUCGAAUCGGUAUUUUUACAUAUGUAAUAGUUACAUAAUUAGUAUAGUAUAAAGUAUAAGAUCGACAUAACGUAAGCAAUUUCUUUUGAGUUUACGUUUUUCUUUUAUAAUUGUGCUGCAUUGUAUUUGAUAAUUAAAUAAUUGAAAUUGGA